AUGAGGUUCAAUAUACUCGACGACAGUGCAGAAGAAAAUCAAAACAUCUUCGACGACCCAUCUAACACUGACCCUAUCUCUAACGAUACUGUCACAACUUCCAUUGCUCUGGGUCACCCCACGAAAUCAAGCAGACAAACUCCAGACAUCACCUCCUCCGUACACCAAAACUCUUUUCUGGAAGAUUCCAGUCUCUGGGGCUCCUUGCCAAACAUCGCCCUAUCUUCAACCAGCAUCACCCGGAUUCCUUCCGCAUCGGAUGACGUCACCAAGCCCAAAAAGAGACGCCCUCUGCGCCUGCCCCCUAUCCUGCUCCCCCGCAUCUACACCAUAGCCCCGCGACCUUUGAAGUACCGGGAGUUCAUGACCCCGACGAAAGCCCGGGGGUCGAUCUCGGACGCCGAGUGGGAAGACCUGAAGGACUGUCGCUACAUCCGGAACGGGUUGCCUCGUUUCUCCCUGCCCCUCACCCCAUCACGGAUGUCUUCAUUCCACUUCUGAGCACAUUGUCUUGUAUCUUUAAUUCUUCACGUUCGCUGAAUUCCCCCAACAUAGGCUGAUUCUUUUUAGCCAGGCUUUGUUAAUAUAUAUUGCUAUACCAUGUAAAUUUUAUGGUAUUUAACCAUACCAAAUUUUUUAAAAUUUUGAAAUAAAAUAUUUCUAAAGUAUUUUCUUUUACAAUCACUAAUCAGCUGAGUAUUAAGGAGUUCAUAAAAGAAGAAACAAUGACUAUAUGAUCAAUAUAUACGAUCGUUUUUCAACGUUGGGUUUUUUCAAGAUGGCCUCCGUUGCCAUGGUAAACAUAUUAACAAAAAGAGACCUUGAUGCAUGCCAAAAAAUGUCUUAAGUAUUCUGAAUUAGAUAAACAUAAAUUAUUUUUUAAAUGCCUAUUAAUUAAGAAGUUUUUUGUUCGGAGCCUAACCUGCCUAAAUUAAAAAUUAACUUUAAUUACAUAAAAAAAAAUUCUAAUUGAAUUUCUAAAAAAAAAAAACCCAGCGAUACACUACGCUGUAUGUAUAACAAUGUAAAUUAACAUUUUGUAAAACUUUUGUAAAAACUGUACAUAAAUGCCAUGAGUUGAUUUGAAUUGUCUGUUAUUUAGGUAUUAGCUUCAUUGUAACAGAGAAGAUUGUUAAAACAGAAAUGUAUGGGUUUUUUCAGAAGUGCAGUAUGUCAUACCCGUAUGUUGUUGUUGGUUUUACAUUUUUACUUUCUACAUCUUGAUACGGAACAAAUACUUUCAUACUUGAACUUUGUUUGUAGGUUAGAAUUCUUAUUUUCAUACCAAGUUCAAUUUAACUUUGUUGUUAUGCUGAACUUGUUAUUUUGAUGUCAAGUUAAUGAUCUAUUUAUACUGUACGCACCAUCGAUUUUUUCAAGGUGUUACUAAAUUGUUUUGAGCUGAGCAUGUGCCAUAUCUGCUACCAGUUUAUGUAUCAUUAACUGUAAGCACUAAAGUUAAAUCAAUAAUCAAACACUACGCACUAAAUCAAAAAGCUAACAUUUUCUCAAGAACCUUUUUUACUAAAUUUGCCAUAAAGGUUAUAUUUUUCUGCAUAUAUUAUUGUAUAUAUCGCUAACGUAAUGAAAUAUACGAAAACUAUAUUCAGCGAAAUGAAUUUGAUUCUUACACACUAACAUGCGUUUUCCAAUACAUGAAAUGGCCGAAGAAACACAUUUUAAACAACACAUUAAAUACACGCUUAUCAAUAAUUCAUUAUCUCCCUUGGAUAUCAACAAGGGGAAGUAACUGUUACAAAAUACAAUGCCUUAUCCUGUUUCUGUGAUAAAUUAAUGAUUGUAAACAUUAUUGUAUUGACUUUUUUAAUUGCAAUUUU